AACAAGUCUCUAUGGCACAGUAUUACUCUAUCUGUCAUCCCGAUCAUCUUGAGCCGCUUGAGUUGGAAAUUUUAACCCGUCGAGAUGCUUUUGGCCUCCCGCCUAAAGCGGUCCGAGAUGCUCUUGUGGACGUGUUCUUCAAAUGGGUAGCGCCAAUACUACCGGUCGUAGAUCGCCAUGCCUUCAUGAGGCAGUAUAACGACACGGAAGAUCCGCCGUCAAUCCUACUGCAACAGGCGAUACUCAUGGUUGCUUCCCGGUUCUCUCUCUGCCAACAAGAUUCGCAGGAGUAUACGGUUUCUCCGCGCGCGUUCUAUAAGAAAGCUAAGGCUCUGUACGAUGCGGGAUACGAGCGCAACUUGGUUACGAUUGUUCAAGCUGUGGUUCUACUAGGCGCUUACUGGGAGGGUCCUGAUGACCUUACCGAAAGCGGGAUAUUCUACUGGAGUCGACUCGGUAUUGCUUUGGCGCAGGAGCUAGGGCUUCACGAAAGUGAGAAAUAUAUCGAUCUCCAGCCAUCGGAACGAGGCCUCCACAAGCGGAUAUGGUGGACACUGUAUACCCGGGACCGCUCUGUAGCUGCAGCAUUUGGCCGGCCUCUUCAUAUUAAUCCUGAGGAUUGCACGGUAGAGCCGCUGACAGAAAAUGACUUUGUCGAGUACGACGAACCAGCAUCAUCAGGCAACCUCACAAACGAAAUCGAAGCUCGCUUUUUCAUAGAAUAUGUCAAGUUGUGUCAGCUUAUGGAUCUGGGCUUAUGCUUAAAUCUUUCUGCGAGGUCUACACAAGAUGCUCGAGCCUCUGGGGCUGCACAGUGCGAGCUAGGGUUAAAUGAGUGGCUCGUAUCUUGUCCACCGGAGCUAACUUGGCGACAAACCCGGCAUACGUUUUUGUCGGCGAUCUUGUUUUCUACGUUUUACACUAUUGUGUGCCAAUUGCAUCUUCUGCAGGCUCCUUAUUCAUCUAAGGAAUCCCAGAGUUCGGCCUUUCAUGCUGCGUCGACCAUAGUCUCAAUAUUGGAGACACUGCUCUCACACGGGGAGCUCCAAUAUUCACCUUCGUCCAUAAUUUGCCAUGCUGUGACAUCCUUCGUCACCUUGAAACACCAAAUGGAUGCUUCGCUACCAUCUCUCUUGCACGGUAUCAGGCUAAAGCUUGAAUCUAAUCUAGAACUACUGGAGGCGUUAUCUAAGACAUGGCCGAUUGCAAAACUAUUUUUGGAAUUCUUCCAAACAAUGACGACGCCCGAUCAAUUCAGCCGCUUACUGUCUGUCGCUGUUGGCGAAUGUCAAAAACGUGCCCUCGGCGACAAACAAGAUGAUGUGGAUGCGCCUCGGAGACCAACGCCCUUUAAAAGAUCGAAGAUACAGCAGGUCAUCCUUCCGCAAAGCAGAGUUGUAUUCCAAACCCUGGCGCGUGAAACGCAGAAGCGGCAAACUAUCUUGAAUCAAUCUCGAAGUUCACAUUCUGUAUCACAGACGGCUGGCCAGACGCCAUUUGGGUCUGUCUCCGGGUCUCAGUCGGAUAGUGUCGACCAUGUAUCUCCAACCGGGCUAGCAGAUACGCUAGAAAGCUGUGAGCCUUCUGCAGUUUUGUGGAAUCUCCGGGAGAUAAUUCGCAUUGGCAAGAACCAGGAAUAGACAGCGGUAGGUACUUAAAGCUCGGAUGGUUUUUUAAGUGCUGCCACACGCAUCCAAGCAAAAGGAAUGCAAAAUUAAAUUAAAACAAUAGUCUUGUUUGGUGGUACAUUCGAUUUCGUAUGUCGCUUCUAAACUUACAGAUACCAUGGGAGUUCUUACAGCUAUGCUUGAAGACGUGCGGCAGAAGAUUCGACUGUAACCUAUCUUGCCUUGAGUCUCUGAAUGCAGGGAGAACCACUGAAUGUUCACACGAGCAUCUCUAUUCCUGUAGUUCAAGGAGACUUGAAAUUGUCCAAAAAGAUCCCAUAGGUGGUCUCCCAUUUCAUUUAAUUCGUUGAACUACGAGCUCGGAAAUAAGCCAGACAUCGACGGGAGCCAUAAAGGGACCGCUUCAAGACAGGGCGGACGUUUCUCCCAGUCUAGGCCUUUUAUAUAACCCUCUAGGAUCCCUUUCGCUGUGUUAAUUAGUGCGUGGCACCUGGACUUCAUAUAUAGUAUAUGCUUUAAGAGGGAAAAACGUCUUUGCAAUACUAGUGAUGCUCGAAUACAAAAAAAAAACCCUUGGAAAUUUGAACU